UUUGGUCCCAUGCCCUCUACGACAGCUCCACGCCACGACACUGGUAAAUAGUCCAUCCGGGACCUCCUCGCUCGCACUCUGCACGGCACGUUCUGACGGAGUCGUCUCCAAUUCUAGUUUUUCUCUCGCUCUUACCUUCGCCGGCCGGCUUGCUAGCAGAAAACCUUAUCCUAACUCACGGUAGUAUAUUGGGAAAUCUAUCACAGUAGACUACACUAGAAAACAAACAUGUCUUCUAAGUCCAAGCAAGUUCUUGAUGAGGAACAGGGUCGCCAGAGCGGCAUCCAGUCCAGGAACUUCGUCAUCACCCGUACCGACCCCAGGAGGAGCAAUGCCUCCAGCGUUUUCUCCAGCAGCAGGAGCAGCUAUGGCGUCCGUAGCUCCAUCUCCCCAGGAGUCUACCAGCAGCUGUCCAGCUCCGGAAUCACAGACUUCAAGGGAAACCGUGAGAAGGAAAAACGUGAGAUGCAAAACCUGAACGAGCGUCUGGCCAGCUACAUCGAGAAGGUUCACUUCCUGGACGCCCAGGUGAAGAAGCUGGAAGCUGAAAACGAGGCUCUGAGAAACAGGAAGGUGGAAGACCUCCAGCCCAUCAGGGAUGCUUAUGAGAACGAGCUCCGUCAGGCCAGAAAAGUCAUCGAUGAGCUGAGCUCCACAAAGGGUGUGGCUGAAGCCAAACUUGCAGGGCUCCUUGACGAGAUUGCUUCCCUUCGUGCUCUCAUUGUAACCUACGAAGGUCAGGGCAAAGAUUACAGAAAGAAGAUUGACACCCUUACAAACCAACUUGGAGAAUUUGAAGGAGAACUCCAGAGCCUUAGACUCAGAGUUGGCUCCCUUGAGGAUGAAAAUGCAAAACUUAGAGAGCUACUUGAGAAAGUCCAGGAGCAGAACAGACGUCUCCGUUCAGACCUUGAUGCUGAGACAGCUGCCCACAUUGAGGCUGACUGCCUUGCACAGACCAAGACUGAGGAGGCUGAAUUCUACAAGGAUCUCCUAGACCAGCUUGAACUGCUUAAACCAGAGCCUAUCCAGAUCAAGGGCAUGGACUAUGCUGACUUCUGGAAAUCUGAACUGGCUAAAUGUGUACGUGAAAUCAAUUUGGCAUACGAUGAAAAGAUUGACCUCAUUCAACAGGACUGUGAAGCUAAAUAUGCUGCUCAAAUCAACCAACUACGUUCUGGUAAUGUGAAGGAUGGCAUGCAGUUGCAACAUGCUCAGGAAGAGGUCAAGAAAUUGAGAGGCCAGCUCCAAGACAAGAACACUGCCUAUGCUGAACUGGCUACCAGAAUUGCAUCAUUACAAGCUGAACGUGAUGAGCUUGCUAGACAGUUGUCAGAAUUAGAGCGUGAACUGGAGGAACAGAGAAUCAAGUACAACCACGAUGUUGGAGACUUGGAAUCCGAACUCACCAGUGUCCUGGCCCAAUUACAACACCUCAUGGAUGCCAAGAUGUCAUUGGAAUUGGAGAUUGCAUGCUACAAGAAGCUGCUGGAGGGUGAAGAAUCCAGGGUUGGUCUAAGAUCUCUUGUGGAACAAGCCAUUGGAACAGCUGGAAAAGGAGCCUCCAACUUGAAGGAAGUUAUCCAAUCAUCUAAGUCUCGGCUAGAUGACGAUUAUGGGCUAACUUUAAAAGAAUCAACUGGCAGCUUGACAGUUCAAAGGUCCUCUAAAGGCACCAUUGGCUUUGCAAGCAUUGAUCACAGUGGUGGUAAUGUUGUUAUUGAGAACACAACAUCAGGUGCUCGUGCCAAGAAUCAGAGCUUGAAAGAUUGGGUAUUGCAAAAAUUAGUGAACAACAAGGUAUCAUUUGAGAUUAAACUCAAGGAUCUUGAACUCGGACCAGGCCGCACAUACACAAUCUGGGCCAAGGGAGCCAAGGACAAGGCCACAGCUGACAAUGAGCAAGUUGCUGACCAGUUCUCAUUUGGUGUUGGAACAUGCACCUGGAAACUUCUGGAUGAAAGUAGCAAUGAAAAGGCCACUCUUGUUGCCAAGUUCAGCGGUUAAAUGUCAUCAUCAUUUUUACAACGCCUGACAUGGAAAGGGACACCACUCUUUGCUUCUCCAUUUCCGUUUCGGCAAUUAGGUUCACUGGCAGCAUUUAUAUUUCGUGGGCAUGGAGAUUCAGGGGGCAUGAUAGUUAAAGAGGGAAUUAUUAUGUAUAAACUAAGUAUUUAAAAACUGAACAAGUACAACUAGAGUAACAUCAGUACACUGCAGGUCAUGGCAUCAUUGUAUACUACUUAUGUAUUUUGUAUUCCAUCAUUUAAAGCACUAUGUUUUUUUCUUAUUUAACGACCUUAAGAUCAACACAAGAUUUUUAUUUAAAAUUCAUUUAUUUUGUACUUGUAUUCUGAAGUCCACUACUUUUUUAAUUCUAUUGCACACAUUUCCGAUUACAACAUAUAACUGCCAGUUUGGAUUUUUCUUUUAAAAUUAGAGGGGUUUUAUUUAAAAUGAAAUCAACUUAUUUACAGUAGUUUCAAAAUGAUAUUGACUAACUGCUGCUUAAUUUUAACGCAUAAUAGCAAUGCAUUGAUAAGUAUAUUAAAUUCUAUUAUAUAAAAGAAAAAAAUAUAGCAACCUUUCCUAUUAUAGCUUAGAUUGCUGCCCCUUGCUCUGUGUUCUCUGUUGAUUCUUUUCAUUCUUGUCCUGCUAUUGAAUGUUUUGUUUUUAUAAGUUUUUUUUUAAAAGAUCUAAGUUGGGAAUGUAUUUGUCUGAAAUUUUGUAGCUAGGGCAUUGUUUUUAAGCAUAUAUAAAACUGUUUUUUCCUUUAAAGUGAUUCAUUUGAAAUAAUAAUAUUAACAAGAGAGAAUGAGUUUGCUAUCCACCACAAAUUAAAGUCCCUUAAGCUAAUAAGUGAAACAAAUAAUUUAUUAUAGUCUUAGUGUUUUGUACGAACUUAUUAGGAGUAGUGUUUGUGUCUGUAGAAAAACUUUUUUCAUAUAUAAAUGCAAGCAUGAAGAUAAAUUUUGACUGCUUGCUUAUCAAAGUGUGAAUGUGAACAUUUAUAUAAUGAACAAUUUGUUUAAAGAGUAACUAUUUAGUGAGAAAAUUAUGUGAUAUAAGAAUUUAUAUUGGAUUUGUAUUAACUCUCUCAAUCUCAAGUUGUGAUUUUGUUUUCUCUGUUGUGAGAGCUCUACGGUUGUGACUGAUCUGAUUCCAGUCAUUGCUGCCUUUUCAAGAGAAAAUAAAUAACAUCUUUUAUUGAAAAUAUUUUUUUUUGUUUGUUGUUUUGAAUAUUUGAUAAGGCUCUAUUAGCUUAGCGAUUAACAAUUUUGAUUUAUAUGCCAUUUGAAACUACUGAUCACUGGAUAAACAUAACCUAUUUUAUAAGUAGUGUUGUCUUCGUUCAUCAGCUGUCAUACGUUUUAUAAAUUAAAUCUCAACUUUGAAAAACUAAUUAUUAACACAUUCCAAACAAGUUAUUCAACAAUUUGAGCUAAAAACUUGUUUGAUAACAAACAUUCCAAAUCUACCAGCCAACUCAGUUUUUACUGGGUUUCAAAGCACACGUAAAAUGGGUUUUGUUUAUCUACAAAUAAUUUUUUGCCCUCUAAUUUUUUGUUUCUGUGUAUCCUAGUGUCUUGAAAGUCAAAUGGAGACUUAAUCCUCAAGAUGCUUUUUUUUGUACAAUUAGGUUUUACUUUUAUUGCUUUUAAAAGUAUAUUAAACAAAUACUAUACAUU